AAAUUUUCGCAGAAAAGCUGCCUGGUUCAUCACAUUCACCCUCCACCGUCAUAUAUUCUUCAACUGGUCCGAGCAUGGACGAGGAAAUCCCUGAACUCGUUAUACUUAGGACGUAACUAGAGAGACGAAAACAAAAUUUCUGUCGCUACUCCUGGUCUUAGCAUGGGUGAUCUAUUUUCUCUCUCAUCUUUUUGGUUCGCAAUCAACAUCUGUUUUUGUGUUUUUUCGCAAGUUCCCGUCGGGGCAAAUGGCGAAGCUAACAAUCUCGCUCAACCUUCCUCCACGCCAAUCAACUAUGAUCUCUACCAUUCCAGUGGCGAUUUGAUGGAAGAGAUCAAGGCGUUGGUCCAUCGUCACCCUGAUAAACUCACUAUGGAGACAAUCAAAGCUAGAAAUAAGGGCUAUAGUGCUGAGGUCACGGUGGUUACUUAUUGCCAAGGCAAGAGAGAGAAUCAUGAGCAGUCAAAAUUUAGAAUCCUUUUGAGUUUUGGGCAGCAUGGAAGGGAGCUGAUUACUUCGGAACUUUCUUUAAGGAUUUUGUCAAUUCUUAGUGAAGAACGGUUUCUUCCUAGUAUGGAUCAAGCAUCCUUAAAUGGUACACUUGACAAUCUUGUAAUAAAGAUGAUCCCUAUGGAAAAUUUGAACGGCCGCAAACUUGUUGAAUCAGGAGAUUUCUGCGAGAGAAGAAAUGGCAGAGGAGUUGAUCUCAAUCGAAAUUGGAGUGUAGAUUGGGGCAAAAAGGAGAAGGAUUAUGAUCCAUAUGAGGAGAAUCCUGGAGCUGCUCCUUUUAGUGAGCCUGAAACUCAAAUUGUUCGGAAGCUUGCCUUAUCAUUUGAUCCACACAUAUGGAUUAAUGUGCACUCUGGAAUGGAGGCUCUUUUUAUGCCAUACGAUCAUAAAAAUACAACCCCUAAUGGAUUGCUGUCACAACGGAUGAAGUUAUUGCUUGAAGAAGUAAACCAUCUUCAUUGCCAAAAACGUUGCACGACUGGGUCCGGUGGUGGUUCUGUUGGGUAUUUGGCUCAUGGGACAGCAACAGAUUUCAUGUAUGAUAUUGUGAGAGUUCCCAUGGCUUUUACAUUUGAGAUAUAUGGAGACGGAUCAGCCUCAUCAAAAGACUGUUUUAAAAUGUUUAAUCCCACUGACGCCUUUAGCUACAGCAAAGUCCUCAAUGAUUGGUCAGCGGCAUUCUUUGCAAUUUUCAAAUUGGGCCCUUCCCAGCUUGGCGAAAUACAUUCAAAUGCAUCCGUCUCCAAGUUGGAUAAAUGGGUAUCGAUAGAUGAAUAUCUAGAUGGGUAUUUGGUGGAGAGGAGAAAUAGGUAUGACAAGAAGAUAGAGGUGAUUGAGCUUGGAAUGCAAGAGAUAAGAACAUAUUUUAGGCUUUUCUUGUUAUCUUCAGUUUUGCUAAUGUUCAUGUUCUGUUCAAGAAUUUCAAAAAGCAAGUAUAGUAGACCCAUUGUCUCUGCCGUGGCCCUCUAAAUUUAUCAUUUGUACGUAGGGCUUGAUUUGUACAUCCAAUUUUGACAAACUCUUAUUUAUUCCAUUGUCUGUUUUACUAUGAAA